AUGGACGACCCAGAUCCAGCAGAUCCAGGAGGCUGUAUGGAAGACCUUCUCUCCGCCUCUCCUGCUCCUAUCCUCAACUGGAUCUCCCCUGCCUACGCCGCCACAGGCGGUAUCCCAAGUUCAGCCGAGUUGGAUCCUGGCAUCCGUCUCCUCGCAAGGAGCGUUGCUGUCCUGAGCAUGUGUUUUGGUCAUUGGGAUCUGGACUGGACAUUAUGCGAAUCGUACCUCGCCAUUCCAGGUCUCCGCAAGGACAUGCUCUAUGACGUGUACGCGCGCACCCUGGGCGCGUUGCAUACCCGCAUCGGCGCGCUCAAGAAGCUCGAGGCCGGCGGCCAAGAUACGACCUCCCUCGGUCUGCUGUUCAAAGAACGGCCCGUUCUCAAGUCCCACCUCGUUGCCGGCCUGGACCUUCCCGACAUCCACCUCAUGGAGUUUACAAUAGCCGCUGCACACGAUAUAUGGCAGCAAAAGCGCUCCACGACGCCGUCGGCUGCCGUCCUGGGCGACAUACAGCCGUGGAUCACCGACGUGCCGUGCUGGGUCAAAGUGAAGAUUGAAGCAGAGGCGGCGAGAAGUGGGCCUGACGACUACGGCCCAUAA